AUGACAAAGCUCGAACAGAACCCAGUAUCUUCGUCCAAGGGCGGUAUGCAGUGGUCCCAGCCCAUGAACGAUCUGCUGAACUACCCGCCAUAUCAGCCAUCCUACUCCCCUUCGUCCUCACCCAACUCUGCGAGAUACACGCCUUCAAAUUCGCAUCCGCAACCACCACCCUCCGCAGGAACCAGUAACCCAAACUCCGUGUCAGGAGCAGCAUCAAUGAAGUCUCCGACGGAACGCACAGGCGAUGGGGGAGGAGCAACAAAGCCAGCAAAGAAGAAGAACAGCGCCGGUACAAAGAAAGCGCCCGAAGUCCCACCAGGACUGGAACACUUUCAUUCAAAGUACCCCAAGCCGACAUAUUCAUACUCGUCCUUGAUCACGACGGCGAUUUCAGAGAGUGGACAGAAGCAGAUGACACUGAACGAAAUUUACGAGUGGGUCAUGGAGCGAUAUCCUUGGUAUCGAACUGCCAUCAAUGGCUGGAAGGUAAAGUCAAAGGGACAUAUGAAGGAAAAGAUGGCGUAA